AUUUUUUUAAUCUUGAGGAUUCCAAUUGCAAAAAAUGCCCAUGUUUUAUAUCGGUGAUCGAUAAUUACAAUACUCCCAAAAUGAGAAAAUAUAGCUUGUGAAGAGUUCUUCGGGACCCAAAAUUUUCCGAGAAUGACGUCAGAUUCGAAAGUUCACCUGUUCGAGGAGGUCGCGAAGCAUAACAAUACCAAAGAUUGCUGGCUGAUUAUAAGUGGAAAGGUUUAUGAUGUGACUACAUUCAUGGACGAUCACCCGGGAGGUGAUGAAGUUCUUCUAUCAGCCACAGGAAAAGAUGCAACCAAUGACUUUGAAGACGUUGGGCACAGUGAUUCUGCUCGGGAAAUGCUGCAUAAAUACUAUAUUGGCGAGAUAGACCCAUCAACAGUCCCCUUGAAACGAGUAUACAUUCCCCCACAACAAGCCCAAGCACAGUACAAUCAAGAUAAGUCUUCGGAUUUUCUAAUCAAGAUUUUGCAGUUCAUUGUGCCUCUCUUGAUUCUUGGGUUGGCUUUUGUUGUCCGCCACUACACGAAAGAGAAAGAAAAUUGAUGGUCGUGAAGAAUGCUAUUUUUCUUUUAUUAUUAUUAUUAU